UUGCCCCUCCCUCCGCAGUCCCUGGUCUCGGCGGAGCCAGCGAGCUGAGCCGGCGUUUUGGCCAAGUGAAGGCAGCAGCAGCGCGCCACGGAGCCUGACCAGUGAUUCUGUAGCUGUCGCUGUCGCCGCCGCCCUGCGCGCCGUGAUUCGCGACCCCAGAGCCCGACUCCUUUUGGCCUGACCCGCGCGCCCCUCGCCCGGCCCGGGCGGCGCGACGGGAGGAUGAGCGGCGGGCGGCGAAAGGAGGAGCCGCCUCAGCCGCCGCUGGCCAACGGGGCCCUUAAAGUCUCUGUCUGGAGCAAGGUGCUGCGGAGCGACGCGGCCUGGGAGGACAAGGAUGAAUUUCUAGAUGUGAUCUACUGGUUCCGACAGAUCAUUGCUGUGGUCCUAGGUGUUAUUUGGGGAGUGUUACCGUUGCGAGGUUUCUUGGGAAUAGCUGGAUUCUGCCUGAUCAAUGCAGGAGUCCUGUAUCUCUACUUCAGCAACUACCUACAGAUAGAUGAGGAAGAAUAUGGUGGCACAUGGGAGCUCACAAAAGAGGGGUUUAUGACAUCUUUUGCCUUGUUCAUGGUUAUUUGGAUCAUUUUUUACACUGCCAUCCACUAUGACUGAUGGUGUACAGACCCCACCUGCUCUCUGUCCGGUCCAAAGGACCGUCAUAGUUACAGCACAGAAACAUGAUUGUAGGGACACCCCAGCCACAUGGAACCUGGAAGACCCGUGUUUCCUGGACCGAGAAUCAGUGUGUUGGGCAUCAGUGUUUUCUGCAAGGGUUGUGAUCUGAAACUUUUUAAAGAACCAACCGCCUUUUGGAGAAGCAUUUCUGAAUUGUCCAUCACCAACCAUUUCUUCUUGGAUAUCAUCAUGAAACACCUGUUUGCUGAUGGGAGCUGUCGUUUAAUUUGAUGCACCUCUGGAUCCGGAUGAAACAUUAAAUAGUCUUCCUCACUUCUCCAUCAGGUGUACAGUUUUUAAACUAUCAGCGGCAUUUCAAGUUUUCUGAAAACAGUGUGGCAGUAUGUGCGUGGUCAUUAGCACAGUGUAAGCAUCAUCUAAUAACAGUUUCCAUUGUAGAAUGUUUUCGGGUACUUGAAUAAAUCAAAUCUUUAAUUGAAAA